GAAGAACUUUAUCAGUGAUAGUAGUGUGCACUCGUCCACCGCCAGAACUGUCAGGUUGAUUCUACCCACUGCAAAGAGAGGCUCCCAAACAAAUAUUCUGCAUAUAUAGAGGUAAAAACGAGGGAAUAUUUGGACGGAGAAUUCGCAAAAUGCCUGGCAUGGCGCAGGAAAUGCCAAAGUCGUACGGAGUGUCCGGCCAUCGGAAGCCCACCGUCGGCAGUCGGAUGGCGCGUUGCUCCAAAAGCUGCCUCCGGACGCUCUACAAAAGGGUUCCAGUGACGCACUGGUUGCCCAGAUACCCUCUCAGGGACAUUUUCCCUGACCUCAUCGCGGGAUUCACCGUCGGCCUUACUCUUAUUCCGCAGUCAAUGGGCUACGCAACCUUAGCAGGACUCGAGCCACAAUACGGACUUUAUUCUGCGUUCUUGGGCAGUUUCAUUUAUAUUGUGUUCGGCUCGGUGAAAGAGGUAAACAUGGGACCCGCGGCCCUCUUGGCACUUCUCACAUACAACUACACGCACCACCUGGGACCUCAAUUUGCCGUACUUUUGUGUUUUGUAGCUGGUUGCAUGGAGCUUCUAUUUGGCAUUUUACACUUAGGUUUCUUGGUGGAUUUUAUUUCCGCGCCGGUGGUUGCGGGAUUCACGUCUGCUGCGGCGUUUAUGGUGGCCAGUGCUCAAGUCAAGGGUCUGCUUGGCUUAAAAUUUGAUGCCGAGUCGUUCGCGCACAUCUGGACCGAGGUUUACAACCAUAUUCACGAAACUAAAUUGUGGGACGCUGUUCUCGGAGGCUGUUGCUGCGUCUUUCUCCUCUCUUUAAAGUUUUUCAAAGAUCAUUUCAAAAUUGGUGACGGAAGAAAACCCCUGAACUGCUGCCAAACUUUUAUCAGCAAAUUUGUUUGGUUUUUUUGCACUGCAAGAAAUGCUCUUAUAGUUCUCGUUUCGAUGGGAAUCGCGUAUUAUUUCCACGUUUACCACGAUGGAUUUGUUCCAUUCAUGCUAACAGGCACGGUUCAGGCUGGACUGCCACCCUUUCAGAUUCCAGCUCUAACUGCUGAGGUCAAUAAUAGAACCUUGAACAUUUUGGAAAUGGUUGGAGAACUUAAAUCGGGGGUGAUAGUGGUCCCUGUUGUUGCAAUCAUCGCUAAUGUAGCGAUCGGAAAAGCUUUUGCAAGUGGGAAAAUGCUUGAUGCGACACAAGAAAUGGUUGCUUUGGGUCUUUGCAACAUCGCCGGCUCCUUCGUCAGCUCAAUGCCAGCGAUGGGCUCAUUUUCCAGAAGUGCGGUGAGCAACGCCAGCGGAGUCCGAAGCCCUUUGGCCGGACUUUACACAGGUGCAAUGGUGAUUCUUUCACUCACCUUGCUCACCCCGUACUUCUACUUUAUUCCGAGAGCUACGCUCGCCGCUGUUAUCAUGUGUGCAGUUAUUUUCAUGGUCGAGGUCGACAAAAUUGGCCCGAUGUGGCGAACAAACAAAAAGGAUCUUCUCUCGUUUGCGGUCGCUUUCGUCGCGUGUCUCGCCCUGGGAAUGGAAAUGGGCCUUGUGAUUGGCGCCGCCGUCGACAUUGCCUUUCUGCUCUUCACCAACGCUCGGCCGAAAGUGAAAAUUGACACAAUUUCGAGCGCGUGUGGGCCUGAGUACAUUUUGGCGACACCCACGCAGGGACUCCUAUUUCCAGCCGCCGACUAUGUGCGCACGCAAAUUCAGUCGGCGCUCGAGGACAUGGAAAGCAAUGAAAGGAUGACGCAUUUGCCUGUUGUCAUCGACUGCAGGAAUAUCCAGAAGCUUGAUUUUACGGCGGCUCAGGGUUUGGAAUCGAUUGUGAGGGAUUUCAACAAGCAAGAGCGCUUGAUCAUUUUCUGCGGAAUGAAAUCGCGCGUUUUGUCCAUAAUGAGUGGAGUGAGCAAGGAGAAAUUCCACCACGCGUCCUCCGAAAAUGAACUUUCGUCUCUGCUGAGAGGUACGUUUAAGUCGCACAGGGAAACAGCACUGCUUUUGGGACGGUGAUUUUGAAAUCACACUUUUACUGCGAAUCGCACCGAAUGAUUUCCCACCGACGGAUUUUUGCACAUUUUUUAAAGCACACGUCACAAUUUUAAUGAUAUUAUUAAUAUGAGAAUGUGGAAGAUUAUCAUAGAGCAGAGUGAAUAUAUCAAAUAAAAUUUAA